ACCAACCAGCUGUGGUCGCAUCACUAUUAUUUAUUUAUUUUAUCAAACAAUUAUAGUCAAACGAAACUUAGUUACACAUAGGAUAUACAAGUGAUGACAGUGUUUUUUUGAUACAAAAAAGUGCCAAAUAGUUAUAAAAAAAUGUGGUUCAGUUCAGUGUUUUUUGUUUCUACACUAAUUUGGAGUAAUGUUCACAGCCAAAGCAGCUGCGUCACACCUCUGGGCAAGACCAGUAAUUGCGUAUCCCUAUAUGACUGCUCUGCACUCCUGACUGCCUUUGAGCAGCGACCACUGCCGAACAGUGUCGUCAGCUUUCUGAGGAGAUCACAAUGUGGCUUCGAGGGCUAUGUGCCCAGGGUCUGCUGUGGCCCAUUACCACCUGAUGAGAAUGUGCAACCAACGCCUAGGCCAACGCCGCGUCCAACCCAGGCUCCGACCGAGGGCAGCAGCGAGGUGUUCCAAGAAGACUCGUCGCCAGCUCCGAGGAACCAGUGCGGAGUGGACACUAAUGGAGACAGGAUCUAUGGAGGAACCUUCACGGAUCUGGAUGAGUUCCCUUGGAUGGCAUUGUUGGGGUAUUUGACUCGUAAAGGAACGACUUCAUACCAAUGUGGCGGUGUUCUGAUCAAUCAUCGCUAUGUCCUGACUGCUGCUCAUUGCAUCAAGGGAGCCAUUGAAACUGAAGUGGGGAGCCUAAAAACAGUCCGCCUAGGUGAAUACGACACGCAACAAGACGUGGAUUGCGUAGACUCCGUCUGCGCGGACAGUCCGCAAGAGAUCAGGGUGGCAUCCGCGUACGCGCACCCGGGGUACAUAGACAAGAACAAGAGUAGAAGGGAUGAUAUCGGUAUCGUGAGGAUGGCCGGCAGAGCUCGUUACACAUACUACGUCCAGCCUAUCUGUUUAGUAGACAACAGAGUUCGUUUAGAUACCGGCAACGAUGUUCACGUGGCUGGAUGGGGAAAAACCCUCAACGGACGCAACAGCCCCGUCAAACUAAAGCUCACUCUUCCGAUCUUCGACAAGGAUGAUUGCGUCAGCAAAUACAGAACUCUUGGAGCGAUGCUCGGAGACAACCAGAUAUGUGCUGGUGGAGUCUUUGCCGAAGAUGCCUGUAGAGGAGACUCAGGUGGCCCCCUCAUGAAGCGAAGACCUGAAGGCAUCUGGGAGGCAGUAGGAGUGGUUUCCUUCGGCUACGGCUGCGGCAGGGAUGGAUGGCCAGGAGUCUACACCUCAGUAGCUGGUUACAUUGACUGGAUCAAAACUACGCUACAAAACACGAAUGUCUAAUGCCAUAUAACUAGUCUGCGUGAUAACGUGUCCAAAAUUCUUUGACUUUCUCUCACUCAUGUUAAGAGUUUUGGUCUACUGAUGAUUUUGUCUUUAAUUUUUAGUGAAAUACAUUUUUAUUUUUAAGUAA